CCUGAACAAACUCCCUUCUUUUGACCUUUUAUCCUCCAGAUUUGUGUUCAAAGAAUCUCCCUCGCUGGAAACGCCAUGACAUACUCACGAGUUGGUGUGGUGACCGGUGCCAACAAGGGCAUCGGAUUUGCCGUUGUCCGACAGCUCGCGCUGCAAUAUCCCAAUUCCUAUCUAAACAAUGGCUCGCUGCUCAUCUAUCUAACUGCGCGCGACAAGUCUCGCGGUGAGCAAGCACUCAGCAAGAUUCAAGGCGACGCGGAUCUCAAGCAGGCCAAGGCCCUGUCUACCCACGGUGGCGCGGCGGACAUCAAGUACCACCAGCUUGACAUCUCAGAUUCAUCCAGCAUCUCGAACCUCGCAUCAUUUCUGAAAAAGGAACAUCCCGAUGGCGUUGACUUCAUCAUCAACAACGCUGGCAUUGCCAUGCAAGGUUUUGACUCGAACGUGGUGAAAAAUACUCUAGCAUGCAACUACUACGGUACACUCGAAGCGACACGCGCCUGGAUCCCGGUAAUGAAGCCAGAUGGUCGCAUCGUGAACGUCGCAUCGGUGUCAGGGUCUCUGAGCAAGUACUCGCCAGAAAUUAAGCAGCGCUUUCUCGACGCGCAGUCUGUGUCGGACGUCACCGAGCUGAUGGAGGACUUCACCGCCGCGGUCGAGAAGGGCACGCACGAGAAGCAAGGUUGGCCCAGCGCCGCGUACGCGGUCUCCAAAGCUGGCGAAAUUGGCAUGACCAAAGCCAUCGCCAAGGAGUUGCAGGACAAGGGAAGCAAGAUGCUCGUCAACUCGUGCCAUCCCGGGUACGUGGUCACGGAUAUGACGCGAGGCGGCGGCACCAAGACACCUGACGAGGGUGCGCAGACACCUGUGCAUCUGGCGAUUGCAGAUAUUGGUGGCAAAACUGGAGAGUACUGGUCUGAUGAGAAGGUCGCCAGGUGGUGAGCUUUUUAGCGGAACAUGCCCAAACUGAGCAAUAUGACGAAGAGGACGCAGGGCUAGUUGACAAUGGCAAAAAUGAAGCCUGGCUGACGAUUGUGGUCGAGGCAAAAACAAAUGAGGUCCAUCCAGGAUUCGAACCUGGGCCUACGGAAGGUUCUGAGAAUCAGAAUCCGACGUCCUAACCAACUAGACUAAUAGACCAUUG